UAUAAAACCCCCAACUUUCUACUUCACCCACCCAUUUCAUCCUCAACUAUAACCAAACCCACAAGAGCACUAAUAUUAACAUCGAAAUGACAACCUACACAACCAACCACGCCCCCUCCGUCCUGCAAACCCACAGCUGGCGCACCCUCACCAACUCCGCCUCCUACCUCCUCCCCUACCUCCAACCAUCCAUGAAAAUCCUCGACAUCGGCUGCGGCCCCGGCAGCAUAACCAUCGACUUCGCCCGACACGUUCCCACGGGCCACGUCACGGGUCUCGAAUACGUCGCGGACCCCCUCCCACACGCGCGCGCGCUCGCCACAGCCGCAAACCUCACAAACAUCACCUUCCUAGUCGGCGACAUCCACGCCCUCCCCUUCGCCUCUGACACCUUUGACCUCGUCCACGUGCACCAAGUCCUCCAACACAUCGCAGACCCAAUCCAAGCACUCCGGGAGAUGCGCCGCGUCGCGAAACCCGGCGGAAUAAUCGCGGCGCGGGAGUCCAGCGCCAUGUCAUGGUAUCCGGAGAACAAGGGGAUCGGGGAAUGGUGGGAGGUGACGAAUCGGAUGGGACGGGCCAGGGGGGGGAAUCCGCAUCCGGGGAAUCGGAUCCAUGUGUGGGCGGAGGAGGCGGGGUUGGGGAGGGAGAGGAUGAGGAGGAGUGCGGGGGCGUGGUGUUUUAGUACGGGGGAGGAGAGGAGGUAUUGGGGGGGGUCGAUGGCGGGGAGGGCCAGGGAGAGUGGGUUUGUGGAGUUGGCGUUGAGGGAGGGGUUUGUGGAUAGGGAGGGGUUGGGGAGGAUUGUGAGGGGGUGGGAGGAGUUUGUGGAUUGUGAGGAGGGGUGGUUUGGGGUUUUGCAUGGGGAGAUUGUUUGUUUUAAGUAG